AUUUCUUCAAACGGAGGCGUCGCGUUCAAGGGCCACGCGCGCCGUCGACGCUGGCCUAGAGCUAGCUGCGCAGCUCGUACACGACUACACGUGUACCGGAGGGAGAGUUCGAGCCAGCAAUGGCGAGGCCACGGCCGGCGGCGGCCACCCUCCUCCUGGUCACCUUCCUCCUGGCCGCGGCCGCCGCCGAGACCACGGACGUCAUCAGCGGCGGCGGCGGCAUGGUGGGCGUGGACGGCACGCGGUUCGUGGUGGGCGGCGCCGCCGGAGGCAGGCCCGUCUACUUCAGCGGGUUCAACGCGUACUGGCUCAUGCUGGUGGCGUCGGAGCCGGCGCGGAGGGACAAGGUGGUGGCGGCGUUCCGCCAGGCGGCCGACCACGGGCUCAACCUCGCGCGGACCUGGGCCUUCAGCGACGGCGGGGACACGCCGCUGCAGGCGGCGCCGGGCGUCUACGACGAGGCCAUGUUCCAGGGUCUGGACUUCGUGGUCGCCGAGGCCAGGCGGCACGGCAUCUACCUCCUCCUCUGCCUCGCCAACAACUUCCACGACUUCGGCGGCAAGCGGCAGUACGUGCAGUGGGCCAGGGACGCCGGCCACCGCCUCGCCACCGACGACGACUUCUUCAACAGCACCGUCGUCAAGGGAUACUACAAGAACCACGUCAAGACGGUGCUGACGCGGGUGAACACCCUCACCGGCGUGGCGUACAAGGACGACCCCGCCAUCCUCGGCUGGGAGCUCAUGAACGAGCCCCGCUGCGACGCCGAGCCCACCGGCGCCAUGGUGCAGGCGUGGGUGGAGGAGAUGGCGCCGUACGUGAAGUCCGUGGACGGCGGGCACCUGGUGACGGCGGGGCUGGAGGGCUUCUACGGCGCGGGCGCGCACGAGAGCAAGGACCUCAACCCCUGGCGCAUCUACUACGGCACCAACUUCGUGGAGACGCACCGCGCGCGCGGGGUGGACUUCGCCACCAUCCACCUGUACCCGGACGCCUGGCUCUGGGGCUGCGCCGCCGACGCGCAGCGCGCCUUCCUCCGCAACUGGACGCGCGCCCACGCCCGCGACGCCGCGCUCUACCUGCGCAAGCCGCUGCUCGUCACCGAGUACGGCAAGUUCCUGUGGGAGGGCGUCGCCGGCGCCAACCGCACCCAGCGGGACGCCUUCCUCCGCCUCGUGCUCGACUCCAUCUACGCCUCCGCCGCGCGGGGAGGCCCGCUCGUCGGCGGCGCCUUCUGGCAGCUGCUCGACGACGGCAUGGACACGCUCAGGGACGGCUACGAGAUCAUACUCCCCGACGACCAGCUCGCCGCCACCAUCAUCGCCACCCACUCCCGCCAGCUGGCCGACCUCAGCCUCGUCACCGCCGAGGACGUCCGGGAAGAGGAGGCGGCGCCGCUUCGCCGGAGGAGGAGGAAGAGCGCGCAUGGCAAGAUACACCACGUACUCAGCGUGGGUGGUGGUACUAGUAGUGAUGAUAGUUAUUAUACGCAACGGUUGCUGCACAUAUUCUUGCUUCGUCUCAUCUCUUUGUUCGAAUCAAUCUCUUCAUUGUUUCAGUAGUGUAUAGGUUACGUGUAGAAUUUUUUUUUCUCUAUCGCCACCAGGAAAAAAAAACCUGGUUAGGUGUGUGUGCGCGUGUGCAGGUUGUUCUAGAAAGUUAGGCAUAGCCAGUGUGUGUAGAGUAUACAGUUUCUCUUUUUUUUUUGUCUUUUUUCUUUUCUUUGAGGGCAAAAAAGACAGGUGCUCUGAUCCUUUCAUUCAAAAGGAAGCAACAGAGUUUACAAGAAGAUUACAAGAGGCCAGGCCAAGAGCCGGUGGUCAAAAUGAAAGAGAACAGGGACAGGCAGAGCCAAACACUUUACACCAAAAGUUUUGCAUAAUGGUGUGUUAAGCCUUCGAAUACAUUAAGAUAGAAGUUACCGUGUCUUACAUAUCAAAGUGUAUUGUAUCUUGUUUAGAUUAGAUAACAUAGUGUAUAACUCAUAGCUUGUUUUUCCUAAACUUUUAAUUCAUGAGAUCUUUGAUCACAAAGGGUUGGAUUGUCGAAGUGUACAACUUAGGUAGGUCUUAGACCGCCUCCAACAAGCACUUGUAAAUGGUCAUGUCUUGUAUAUUAAGCGUCUCUAACAGAUUCUAUAUCCCCUCCCGUA